GUGUGUGUGUUAAUUAUAUUGUAUCAAAAUAUUUAUAUUCUUUCGUUAAAGAUCAUUUUCUAUAGAAUAAAUCUAACUUUACUUAGCAUUCACCACGUCACUGUGACGUCAAUGUCUCGAUCCUGUGUUUACCAAACAUUAAAGCAACUUUUAUUUUGAAGUUCUCGAUCGGAAGUAGUGGCUGCGCGUGACCCAGUGGGGGAAACGUCAAACAACAGCGCGCGCGGAGUUUCAGUUGGAGAUGUCACCGUGGAACCGGUGGAACCGGAGCGGACAGGUAAGCCCCGCCCACCAGGGGGAGAAAAGCCGCGGCCUCGCGCCACUGGAGAGAGUUCCAGGUGAAGACGGAGGAAGAGAAGAUGUGUUGUUCUGUUGUUGUCCUGUUCUCUGUCGUGUUGGGAGGACUCGCUGUCCUCACUGUCCUCAGGCGCACGCUCUUUGCGCGCGCCCACUGCACCGGAAACAGAGCCGUGGCCGGAAAGAGCGUCAUCAUCACAGGAGGAAACACAGGCAUCGGUAAAGCCACAGCGCUGCACCUGGCCAGCAGGGGCGCCAGAGUGAUCCUGGCCUGCCGGAACCGUGACAAAGCAGAGGCUGCCAUCGCUGAUAUACAAAAGGAAACAGGAAGUACUGAUGUGGUCUAUAUGCACCUGGACCUGGCCUCUCUCAGAUCAGUCCGCAGGUUCACUGAAAGCUUCCUGAAAACUGAGACAAGACUGGAUCUACUGAUCAACAAUGCUGGCCUGGUUGCUGAUGGACAGACAGAGGACGGCUUCGGUGUCCAGUUGGGAGUGAAUCACUUAGGUCACUUCCUGUUGACAUGUCUGCUGCUGGAGCGACUGAAGGAGGCGGGAGGAGGACGAGUCGUCACUCUGUCGUCCAUGGCUCAUCGCUGGGGACACGUCGACUGUGAGGCUCUGCAGGUGAACAGACACCUGGGCACCGGUCGAUACAGCUGGCAGUUCUUCCAGGCGUACUGCAGCAGUAAACUGUGUAACGUCCUCUUCACUCACGAGCUCGCCAAGAGGCUGACAGGAAGUGAUGUCACCUGCUACAGCGUUCACCCCGGUAUCGUGCACACAGAACUGUCCAGAAACGUCAGCCUGUGGCAGAAGGUGUUCAUCGAGCCCGUGGCCCGGCUGCUGUUCCUGGACCCGGAGGCCGGAGCUCAGACCACGCUGCACUGCUGCCUGCAGGAGGGAAUCGAACCUCUGAGCGGACGCUACUUCUCCUGCUGCGCCGCACAGGAAGUGUGUGCCCGGGCGCGAGACGCCGCCGUGGCCCAGAGACUGUGGGAGGUCAGCGAGAGGCUGUGUGGACUGUGUGACAGUGGACAGACGCUGGACCAGCCGCAGCUUUAACUCUGGACACUCUGGUGCGUCAUUGAUCCACUGGUUGAAAAGACGUCACUAAUAAAAUCUACAUCAUCUAA